AUGAGACAAGAAGAAGCCAAAAAUCAGACUGCUCUGUGCCUUCUCCCACGCCUGCUGUUGCCCUGUCACCUUUCAGGUGCCAUUCUCUGCUCUAGCUUGGGGUCCCAGGCACCUUUUCCCCCCUCCUCGCCCUUGCCCCUGCCAGUUCCAAGCCCCUGGGACCUGAACAUCACCACACCGCCUAGGCGCUUUGAGCCAGCCUCUCCCCUGAUGCUCCCAGGCCCGGAGGGGCAUUGGCUGUUCUCCACCUGCAGGGCCAGCAGCUGACGCGGGCCCACACAGUGUGGCCGGGAGUACACCAGCAGCAGUGUGGUGGUGACAGUAGGCCGCCGGCCUCUGAAAGGCAUGCAGUUGUGGUGGGCGCCGGACGCCGGCCAGUCUCUUAUCUCAGCCUAUGGAGCCGCGGGCGGCAAAGGUGCCAAGAACCACCUGUCACCGGCGCAUGGAGUCUUCCUCUCCUCCGUUUUCCCCCUUGGUCGCGGGGAGCUGCCUUACAUCCUCGUAGGGCAGCAGGGAGAGGACUCCUGUCCGAGAGUAAGCGGAGCCACCAGCUCGUUCUGCCUCGGAGAGUCUCCGGCCGCUGAGAAGCACGCGGCGACGGAGGGGAUCGGAGGGGUUCCGGGGUCGCGGAGCUGGGCAGGAGUCGGAGCGGAUGGGGGUGCCACCGCCGUCUUUCGGCUGCGCGCCCGCGAGCUGGAGCCGCUGCUGGUGGCGGCCGGAGGAGGCGGUCGGGCGUACCUGAGGCGGGAGGACCGAGGCCGGACUCAGGCCACCGCCGAAAAACUGCAGAACCGCUCGGCGGCCCCGGGAAGCGGCGGGAGAGGCGGGGCGGCGGGUGGAGGGGACGGCUGGACGUCGCGGGCCCCCUCUCCGCCGGCCGGCCGCUCACCGCGGGAGGGGGCGGAGGGUGGCCAGGGCUGCAGGGAGGCCUGGGCUACGCUUGGCUGGGCCUCAGCCGGCGGCUUCAGGGGAGACGGCGGCGGCCACCCGGGGGGCGGUGCCUCAGAGGCUGACAUCCUCUGGGCUGAUGGGGAAGAUGGGGUAUCCUUCAUACACCCCAACAGAGACCUGUACCUGCAGCCUCUGCCAGUCAUGGAGAGCCAUGGAGAGGUGGAGAUUCGAUUCUACCUCAAUCACGGUCUUUGCCUUUUGAAAAUCUGCCAAUGGCAGGCAGAGCUCCAGUUGGCCAGAUGCAUGUGCCCAGAGGGCAUGGAGCUGGCUGCAGAUAACAUCACCUGCGUGGGUAUACCUGCCCACCCCUCAGACCCUUUGAUUCUGAUGGUGGCUGUGAUGUUGAUCUUGACACUGAGACUUCCUAUGGUGUGUGGGGUCCUGAUUCUGGUGAACCAUAAGAAGUGGCAGGGCCUGGGGAUGAGGCUGCCAGGCCCUGAGCUCCAGCUGAGCAAGCUCACCUCCACCAUCAGGACAACCCCCAACCCCUACUACUUCCAGGUGGGGCUUGGCCCAGCCCAGUCCUGGCCUCUGCCCCCAGGGCUUACGGAGGUUUCCCCUUCCAACCUGUCUUCCUGCAGAGCCCUGGGCCAUGAUGCCUUUGGAGAGGUCUAUGAGGGACUGGUGAUUGGCCUUCCUGGGGACCCCAGCCCCCUGCAGGUGACUAUCAAGACGCUGCCAGAACUCUGCUCUCAACAGGACCAGCUGGAUUUCCUCAUGGAGACACUAUCGCUCAACAAGGUCAGCCAUCAGAACACUGCGCUGCGUGGGGGCCUAAUUCUGCUGGAGUUGAUGUCUGGAGGGGACAUGAAGAGUUUCCUGAGGCAUAGGCGGCCACACCAGGGCCAGCCAUCACCUUUGGCCAUGCAAGACCCUCUCCAGCUGGCUUGGGACAUAGCCCAGGGUUGCCACUACCUGGAGGAAAAUCACUUCAUCCACAGGGACAUUGCUGCCAGCUGCCUGCCGAGCUGCACCAGACCCAGUCAAAUGGCCAAGACUGGGGACUUCGGGAUGGCAAGCACUGUCUACAGGGCCAGUUAUUAACGCAAGGGGAGCCAGGCUCUGCUGCCUGUCAAGUAGAUGUCCCCAGAGGCCUUCCUGGAGGGCAUCUUCACAUCCAAGACAGACUCCUGGUCUUUUGGAGUGCUGCUCUGGGAGAUCUCACUGGACUACAUGCCCUACCCUUGGCACACCGAUCAGGAGGUGCUGGACUUUGUCAUCUGAGGCGGAUGGAUGGACCCUCUCAGGGGCUGUCCAAGGCCUUUGUACCACAUCAUGACCCAGUGCUGGCAGCAUCAGCUUGAACUUCACCCUAGUUUUGCCAGCAUCUUGGGUCUUCAAUACCGCACUCAGAACCCUGAUGUGCUGAAUUCACCCCUUCCAGUGGAACUGGGACCCAUCCUGGAGGAGGAGGGGCUGGGGAGCCUAUCUUUGGGGGACCUAAGAUGUCCACAGACCCAAGAACCAAGUCUGGGGAGCUUGAAGAGCUGGGGAGGGAGCCUCCUUGGCCCCUGCCUCAAGCCCUCCAAAUCCAGGGGUCUCCAACCUCAGAACCUUUGGAAUCCCACCUAUGGUUCCGGGGUCCCAAAGGGCCCUGAGGGUGAGGACUCUGGCACUGAGGGUAGCAGUUCCUCCCUGCGCUCCUCCCCAGGCUUCUAG